AUGACCACUCUCAAUCUCCUCACGCCGUCUACCCCCUUCACAUCGAAUCCGCUACGGACCAGAGACGACCUCGCCGCAUUCCUGAAGACACUCCUUCAGGGGCUGGGCCCGCAUACCUCGCCAGGGGGGGCUCGCAUCCAUCUUGGGUUCACCGGAACCCACUACGAUGAUAUAGCGGCGCAACUCGAGGGGUUUGCCCGGCCUCUAUGGGGUCUUGCGUCGCUUCUGGCCGGUGGAGGGUCGUAUGAAUCGGGGGAUCACAAUUCGAGGACUUGGGCCGCUGGACUUGCGAAUGGCACUAACCCAGACCACCUGGAGUUCUGGGGGAGUAUGCGGAAUAAGGACCAGCGGAUGGUCGAGUGCUCGCCUAUUGGCUUCGCCCUGGCUGUAGCUCCCGAUACGUUCUGGACGCCUUUGUCCCCCGAGUCAAAGACCUGUAUCGAAGAGUGGCUGGGUGGCAUGAAUGACAAGGAGAUGCCUAAUACUAAUUGGCUUUGGUUCCGUGUAUUCGCCAAUCUGGGUUUGAAGAAAGCAGGCUCUUCGCGCUUCGACGCUGCGAGGAUGAAAGCCGACCUUGACCACCUCGAUACAUUUUACCUAUCUGGAGGCUGGUCGCGCGAUGGUCCACCAGGCGUCGUCCAGCUCGAUUAUUACUCUUCGUCCUUUGCCAUCCAGGUCGCCCAGCUCAUAUAUUCCAAGCUGGCAAAAGACGAGGAUCCAGAUCGGAGUGCUGAAUACCAAAGACGCGCACAGCAGUUUGCGUUAGAUUUUCUGCACUACUUCGACUCCCAAGGGCGUGCAAUCCCUUUCGGGCGUAGCAUGACCUAUCGCUUUGCCAUGGCUGCGUUUUGGGGUGCUCUGGCUUAUGCAGAUGCCCCCCUGCCCGCUCCCCUAACUCCUGGGGUGUUGAAGGGUCUCCUGUUGCGUAACAUCAGAUACUGGGCCCACACACAACCUGGCUCCUUCACACCUACUCAUACGCUCACCAUCGGAUUCUGCUACCCGAACCACAACAUAACUGAGAACUACAACUCCCCAGGAUCACCGUACUGGGCGUUCAAGGCCUUCAUCCCGUUAGCUCUUCCUUCUGACCAUGCAUUUUGGACUGUGCAAGAAGAGGAUUUCCCUUCGGUUGCGCUGGGAGUCGUGAGGCCGCUGAAUGAGCCGUUGCAUAUCGCUAGUAACGUCGGCGGACAUACGUUCAUUCUGUCCAGCGGCCAGCAGUGUUCUUACGCCGUAAAGCAGAGCGCUGCCAAGUACGGCAAAUUUGCGUAUUCGUCUGCAUUCGGCUACAGCGUCCCUGUCGGUAGUCUUACUCUCGAAGAAUUGGGCGGCGACAAUACCCUAGCGUUGAGUGACGACGACGGCGAGGUGUGGAAGUGCCGUCGAGACACUAGGGAAGCCCGUAUCGAGUACGCCGACCCUGCGUCUAGGACAGGGAGACUCUGGCUGCGGAGUAUGUGGUACCCAUGGCCAGACGUGCAAGUGGAAACAUGGCUGGUACCCCCCGACGCAGACGUGUCACCGCUUUGGCACGUUCGCGUGCAUAGGAUCAAGACUGCGAGAAAGCUCUGGACAGCAGAAGGCGGGUUUGCUAUCUAUGGUCAGGGGCGCGAUGCUCGUGCUCUCGAACCGGUCGUGGAUGUCACUGACGAAAGCCAGUACGGGACAAUGGAGAAGGGUGGAGACGUGUGGGUGGCCAGUCGGGCGGGUGCAUCGGGCUUUGUGAAUAUCCCUGUCGAAGGUGCCGUGCGGCGAAGUGGAAAGGCUUUGAGGACCGAUGCGAACACGAACCUGAUGGUUCCCCGCGCGGUGCUGCCCACGAUGUUCGGCCAAGUUGAGCCAGGCGAAAAGAGUAAGUGGUUUGUUGGUGGGGUGCUUGCGGUCCCUAGUGAAGGUGUUGGAGAGGCGCAUGAGAGUGGUCCGCCGAAGGGCUGGUUAAUGGAGUGGCAUAGGAGGCCAACAGUGCCUUCAGAGAUCCUGAGCGCGGUAACUGAGUCUAUUGUGUGA